UUUCAGACACUAUAACCGAAUACUACUCUUGCUGCGAAAUCAAUCGUCUGGAAAUAGAAAACAAUUAUAUUAACUUAUACGUCAAUGCUUAUCAUUGUGAUCCAAUUUCUAUACAAAUAAACAGUGCAUUUUCAUUCAAAAUGUCUCCGCAAACACACACAACUGAAGCUAUUGUGAUUGUUUCUGUCCUGAAGUAUUCUGGAUGGAGGGACAUUGUUUUAUUACACGACAAUACAACAGCACAAACUGUAACACAAGUAACAGAUAUAUUAACACGUGCUGGUGUGUUUGUUAUCGUAUACAACAUUGACUUAUAUACUGAGUGUCAACUGACAGCAAUAUUAUCCAGCUUGAAAGUAGAUCCGAUAGACAGUGCUUUAGAUGUUACUUUGAUGUGUACUGUCAACUCGUCAAUUACAGUACUUCAUUCGGCUCGUGAUUUUCAUAACAAGUAUGUUGAGGCACAGUUACGAGUCCGGCACAUAUCAAAAUGGAUAAUAUUCAGUGAUUCAAAUUUCAGUCAAGACGACCUGAGUUCUUUUAACCUUGACAACAUUGUGUUUCUCAAUCUAUUGUCAGAAAAACAGAAUCAGAAGUUAGCAUACUGUGAACCUUAUAUGUUGCAAACGUUAAUGUGGACAAAGUCUGGUCGACAGUUGUCGAACAUAGGCGCCGUUAGCGACAAGGGAGUGGAAUCUAUAUAUGGAGAGUUAUUUCCAAACACUAAAAAUGGAUUUAAUGGACGAAUGUUACGUGUUACUACUCUGGAGUGGGGUGCAAUGACAAUUAUUCAAGAGGAUGGAAAUUUCACUGGAUUGUGUUUUGAUAUACUUAACGAGAUGGCAAGACGCCUUAAUUUUACAUAUUCAGUUAUAAUACCUCCAGAUGGUGCAUUUGGUGCUGAACUACCAAAUGGAACUUGGACCGGAAUGGUUGGCAUGAUCCAAAGUGAGCAAGCUGAUCUAGUCGUUUCCUCACUAACAAUCAAUCCUGAUCGAGAGAGGGUUAUUGAUUUUACUUAUCCAUUUCUUUUUGACCAUGUGACAGUAGUAUAUGCCAAGCCAGGGGAGCGCAAAUGGCGAACACUUAUAAAACCGUUCGAGACCAGUGUAAUAGUCAUGAUUGGAGUGUCACUUAUAGCUAUGUCAUUUAUAUACUGUCUACAAGAAAGAGGGAACCCAAUAUAUCAUACAGUAUCUAAAAGACAAUCCCCAGGCCUGUAUCAUUCUUUCUGGUACAUGUAUGGAGCUCUGUUAUCACAAGGUGGAGAACCUCUGCCGGUAUCUCUGGCUGGCCGGACUAUUGUUAGUGGUUGGUGGAUUUUUUGUAUUGUAUCAAUAGCUGUAUACAGUGGAAAUCUUACUGCAUCAUUAGCAGUACAUAAAACCAAACUUCCUUUUACAUCGCUAGAGGAAAUGGUGAAACAAAAGGAGUUUAAAUGGGGAACCUUAGGCAGUAGUGCUUUUCAGACAGUUUUCAAGGAUUCUGCAGUUCCUACAUAUGCAGCCAUAUGGAAUGGUAUUGUAGAAUUCAACAAAAGCGAUCCUAGUGUUCUGUCUAAGUCAGGCGAAGAACAUCUGCAAAAAUUAUACAGCGGAAACUAUGCCUUUAUCAUGGCUAAGCAGUACAUAGACUUUGAAACAGCAGGUCAUUGUAAUCUUGUACUUUUGAACGAACAUAUGGCUCGUAACGAAGUUGCUUUUGCGUUGGCAAACAAUUCCCCAUUCGUCAGGAUAUUGUCUAAUGCUCAGAUAUUUGAAGUCAUUUUACCUCGGUUAUCACCAAAGAGAUAA